AUGCUGUGGCAGGUCGCUUUGGCUGAGGGCCACGCUCUGGCCGACACUCUCUACAACAACCUGCCCCGCACGGCCGAUCACACCAACGUGCCCUCUGCCGUGUUCACGUCGCCGCCGGUGUCGUGCGUGGGCUACACCGAGACGCAGGCCCGACAGGUCUACGGUGAGAUCGAUGUCUACGUCUCCAAGUUCACGCCCCUCAGGCACACCCUGUCCAAGCGUGACGAGAAGACCUUCAUGAAGCUCAUCGUCGACAGGAAGACCGACCGAGUCGUUGGCGCUCACAUGGUCGGUGCCGACGCCCCCGAGAUCAUCCAGGGCGUGGCGAUCGCUGUCAAGUGCGGCGCCACCAAGAAGCAGUUUGAUUCCACCGUCGGCAUCCACCCGUCCGCGGCCGAGGAGUUCGUGACCAUGCGAACCAAGAGGGAGUAG